AUGAUAACGCCCAAAAGGGCCCAGCACUUGAUCGGCGAGAUCUGUAGCAGAGAUAAAAUUCCCUCGCUACCACUCCCCGCCAAAAAGAAAACUGAACUGAACGAGGAAUGUUCCGACAACGAAGAAGAGCUGAAGCGCCUGCGCAAAAGGAACGUGUCGCGGCCUACUCAGAGUCAGGCCUCGGCCGAAGAUCUUCGAACGGAGACGUUCGAAGCGAUGGUGGACCAAAAACUCGCCGACUUUGCCAAAACAACCCCAACGCAGGCUGCGGAUGAAGAGGGCAUCGCGAAAAGGUUACAGGAUCACACUGACAAGAGAUUAGACGAGAUGCAGAAGAUCAUCGCAGAGUCCACCGGUUCGAGCAUCGCCGUGGAAGUAGCAAAAGCAACAGCUGCCCUGGAAGCCAAGAUGCAGGCGAAGCAUCAGGCGCCUACACAGCAGACAGAGUCUGUGCUACGCGAUUUCUCCGUGCAAAUAAAGGCACUAUCGCGAGACUUGCAAGAGAUUAAGAAUAAACCAAGCCUUCAGCUCGCCGAUAUCAACAGAAUUGUGCUGACGGAAGUCAGGAAGGGUUUAGGUGAGCGACAUUGGCGUGAAGAUAGUGCCGUGGAAGUCUCACCAGAGCCCGUGAGCGGCUGA